CGGUCACACUACCUCCCAAUGCUCCAUUCUUCUUCCUCACACAUGUUUUUAUUUACAAGUGAAUUGUGCAAUCUCUUGAGGAGCAGGAUCUUAUUUAAAUAUUCUUAAAAAUCAUAAUGAGUGAGGGAAAGGAUCAGAAGCCGGGCGAUGGCAUCCGCUCCAUGCGCUCCACCGGAGUGUUCCGUCUAAUCAACUUUGAGUUGUACGCAAAGCCGAACGCCAUCAUCAUGGGCCUGGGACUGACUGCCAUUACCGGAGUCUUUGGCUACAUCGCCUACAUGAGGUACAAGUACGAAAGCCUGGGCUACUAUGUGGCCGUCAAGGACGACGGACGCGAAGAAUUCAUCAAAAAGAAGUCCAACUGGGAGAGCUAGCCAUCUAGACAAGAGACUGAAAGAGACCUCUUUUUGGAAACACCUUUUAUUUACUUGGUAGCACAAUUUGGUACAUAAAUUUGUUGUUUGUUUGGGAA